AUGGCUUUUGAAAUAAGCUCAUUAAGACCAAGCACAAAAACCGGACACAUUUGAUACGCCCAGCAGGAACACGACUUUGAUCAAUAACGACGCUUGUUAUAUAAUGGCUGUAGAUACAGGAGCACCGUCCAAGCAAUCGUGGGCUGACGAGAUUGAAGAUGAAGAAGGUGUGCGCCAUUCCGUGAUUGAUCUUUCACUAUUCGAAACGUCUCGUACUAACUUGCUUUAUACAGAUGCCUAUCAGACUCAAGUCUUCACUGACGAAAACGGUAUCAAAACCAUCAUUGACUAUAGAGAAAACGACGAUGGCAAGAGAGUCAAAGUGACCCGCAAAAUCCGAUCCAAGCUCGUAACCGAACAUGUGAACAAGGCUGUUGCUCAACGAAAGAAGUGGGCCAAAUUCGGUGAAGAAGAAGGCAACAAACCCGGUCCCGACAUGUCCACAACCACUAUUGGUGAGAAUAUCCCAUUGAAGCUCGGUUCUACCGCUGGCAAGACCGUCGAUGCCGCGGCAGAAGAAGAAGCAGCAGACAAACUCCGUAGACAACUCAAACCCACCAAGAAUAUUAUGUGCCGUAUCUGUAAGGGCGAGCAUUUUACAUCCAAGUGUCCUUACAAGGAUACUUUACAACCAUUGGACGAAAUCGCUUCUUCAUUGGAGGCUGUGAAAUUGGAAGGUAAGAAAGAGGGAUGGAAAACAGAAAACAUGAGAAAAACAUGGGAUAUAUUUCACAUGGCCAGUGGUGCUUACAUUAUUGUGAUGAAUGUAGCGGCCGAUGCAGCCACUGCCGAUGUCGCUGGUGGUCUUGGUGCCGCCGCCGCUGCUGCUGGUGGAUCCGGCAAAUACGUGCCUGUUCAUUUGCGUAACAAGGGUGGUGCUGCUCCUGCGGGAGAAUCGAUGCGCGAUAUGAAGCGUGAUGACACCGCUACGCUCCGUGUGACCAACUUGUCGGAAGAUGUGAUGGAAGAAGAUAUCCGCGAAUUAUUCGGUCGUUUCGGUCAUAUUACCCGUGUCUUCCUUGCUCGCGAUCGCGAUACUGGAUUGUGCAAAGGUUUCGCUUUUGUCUCGUUCGCCGAUAGAGAUGAUGCUGAAAAGGCUCAGGGCGCUGUGAAUGGUCGUGGUUAUGAUAAUCUCAUUCUGAGGGUCGAAUUUGCUCGCAGCACAUAAAUUUUAUAAUAACAAAGCAUUUUGAAUAUCUUUUUUUUUUUUCUCUCAUUCUACU